UGAAAGUUCUGUACGUUACAUAGUAUAGUACAGAACAUAUGUCUUAACAUGGCGGGAUUCACAAAUGCGCGAGUCAUUUGUGCAUAACGGUCACGUGGUAUUAGGCUGUAUUUGGCGGCAAAACAGAGCGGGUUUUCAUUCUAGGCUUGACUUCUGUCCUUUCAAGGCGUAAAUUUUAUUAGGCUUUAUUUUGAAAAUGUCUGACGACGACAGGAUGGAUGGAAUGGAGGGGAUUAUUGAAGACAAGGUGCAGUCAGCAUUGAAGGAGAAUAAUGAGCAGCUGUUGAAAAAUAUUGAGGGCAUGAUAAAUAAGAUAAGUGUUCCAAUUCCUUCUUGUUCUGAUAUUCAAGAAAAACCAAAACUUAAAAGGAAGAGUAAUGACGAGCAAUACAGACAUAAUGCUAAAGUAAUGGCUAAAUUAGAAGAUGUUAGCACAUCUUUGUCUUCACAAGAUAUCGAUAGAGCACGAGUUUCAGUUAUAGAAGCAAAAGACCUUAUAAAACGGAGGCAGAAGUUAAUUCAACUGGCUGAUGGUUCUGAGCUGGGUUGGCGCCUCGUGGCGGAGUAUGAGUCGAAUCCAAUUGCGUCUGGCAGUGAAGACGAGAAGCGCAUUUACAAAGCGGAGGCCAGGGCGAAUAGGAAGGCUAAGGCGGAUAAGGUCAAGAAGGCGAGAAUAAGGAAUUUGCCUUAUCGUAGACGAGUCAACACGGGGGAACAGACGACUAGUCAGCCUCAGCGUUCUAUGGGUUCUACAGGACAGACUCAGCGUACAGGAGCAUGUUAUACCUGCGGGGAUUUUGGACACUGGAAGGCAGACUGUCAGCAAAACAGGCGUCCUAACAAUAAGUUAAGUGUUUCUAAUUGUCAUAUUUUUUGUGAUGAAAAGUCGCAAGACUGUAUGGUUGACAACGGACUUUCUGUCCAGAGAGAGGGUAUUAUGUUAGAUACCACGUUAAAUGUUGAUUCUUUAGAUUGUAGAGAAGCUAGUAACUUGAAGUCUGGUUGUCAUAGUAACGAUUAUCCAGCAAUUUUCGGUAAGAAUUAUAUUUGCAAUAAUGUUGAUCAAUGUGAAAUUUCUACUAUUGCUGAAAAGGAUAAAAAUCAUGUAAGUAAUUUUAGUAUUAAUGGUUUAUCGCCAAAAGGGCGUCUUAAGGAAUCUUUAGAAUACUGGAGAAAAAUCACUUCAGAUAGUUAUUUACUUGACGUUGUAGAAAAUGGAUAUAGGCUACCCUUUAGAGAAACGCCCCCGGAUAUAUAUUUAAAAAAUAACAAGUCUUCAAGAGAAAAUCCAGAUUUUGUAGAAUCAGAAAUAAGCUCUUUAUUGAGCAAAUGUGUUAUCUCACAGGUUCAGAAUAAACCAAGAAUAAUUAACCCUUUAACAGUCGCUUACAGUAAAACUGGUAAGCCUAGAUUAGUUUUAGAUUGUAGGCACAUCAACCCUUGUUUACAUUUGUUCAAAAUUAAAUUUGAAGACAUUAAAGUCGCUCAACAGCUGUUUGACAUAUCCAGUUAUGUAUAUACAUUUGAUUUAAAAAGCGCUUAUCAUCAUGUAGAAAUUUUUUCAAAACAUAGAACUUUUUUAGGUUUUUCUUGGACAUCUAAGGGUAAAACAAAAUAUUAUAUGUUUAACGUCCUCCCUUUUGGCAUAGCAACCGCAGGUCAUAUUUUCACAAAAUUAUUAAGGUGUGUAGUAAAAUUUUGGCGAUCUUUAGGUCACAAAGUCGUUAUGUUUUUAGACGACGGCAUUGGAGGUAAUGCGGAUUUUCAGCAAGCUAACAUUUCAAGUUUGUUCAUUCAGAAAACGUUAAAUGAAUUGGGAUUUUUGAUAGCUCAAGAAAAAUGUAAUUGGUUACCGUCUCAACAUGCUAGCUGGUUGGGGCAUGAUUUAAAAUUUUUGUCGAAUAGAUUGUUUAUCAGUUGUGAGAGAAUUAAACGUCUCGAAUCAUCUAUAGAUGUUUUGUUGUUAAUGCUCAGGGCUGAAAAUACACAACUUAUUCAGGUGAGAUCUUUAGCCUCAGUUGUAGGCCAGGUGAUAUCACUGCUUAGUGUCAUGGGGACAGUGGUUUGUCGCAAAACGAGGUAUUUGCAUAAGUGUAUAGAAAAUAGAACAAGUUGGAAUAGCAAAGUAAGUGUGACAGACAAAGCUUUACAAGAAUUGUUGUUUUGGCGAGAAAAUGCGUCGGGUAUGAACAAAAAAGGUAAAAUCUGGAAAGAAAAGUUAGUAGUUGAUGCAGUCGUGUUUACAGAUGCAAGUAGAUUGGGCUACGGUGGGUAUAUUGAGUUUGUGAAUACAUUUGAUAGUAAGGAAGUAAGUUCAGGAAGUAAGUAUGCCCAAAAUUUUGAGACUGGAAGUAAAGAUUUUAAGAAAGUAAUAAAUUCGAACCUGGUGCCCGCAAAAGAAGUAAACAUUAAGUCUCCGGAGGUAGACUCAAUCAAGGAAUCCUGGGAGCUGGAUUCGAACAAAGCAUGCAAGGUAAAAUGUUUAAACCACAAGUCUUCAGUAGAAGACUUAAGAAAUAAGUCCCCGGAAGUGGACUUGAAUUUGUCAAGGGUAAAAGUCUUGAACUGCAAGACUCAUGUAAUGGACAUUACAAUAUCGUCCCCGGAAGAGGACGCUAAUAUAGAUUCACCGGAAGUGAUCUCAAGUUCCGUGUCUUUAGUAUAUGACACGAGGAUAGACGGGCUCCCGGAAGUGAGCUGUCGUUUUAGUGGGUUCCCGGAAACGGACCAUUUUUUCAAAAAUAAUGUUUUAGAUGGGCAUUGUAUGUAUGAUAGUGAUUUGUAUGAAUUUUCAGAUCGUUAUGCAGAUUACGAACAUGAUCAAGGGUUCAGUGUUAGAGGGAAAGUAUCACAUUUAGUUGGCGCAUGGCAUGCGCAAGAAAUAAAAAGUAGUUCUACAUGGAGAGAAUUAGAGGCAAUGUAUAGGAUGUUGUUAAGUAAUCUUCCGAAACUACGUGAUAAGAGUAUCAAAUUUUUUACUGAUAACAAAAAUUUAAAGUUUAUCCUUCAAUCAGGUAGUAAUGUCGAGCAAUUACAUGAAACUUGCUUAGAUUUUCACAGAACAUGUGAUGAGAAUCAAAUUACAUUUGUCGUUGACUGGAUUCCUCGUUCGUUAAAUAGUAGAGCUGAUCAUUUAAGUAGAUGUUUAGACUCAGAUGACUGGUAUAUAAGCAAUCAUGUAUUUCAGUAUUUAGAUAAAAUGUGGGGUCCACACACUGUAGACCGAUUUGCUACACACUAUAAUUGCAAGUGUCGGAGAUUUAAUUCAAAAUGGUGGGUACCUGGUACAGAGGGUAUUAAUUGUUUUGAUCAGGUGUGGAAGAAUGAAAAUAAUUGGUUGGUACCACCACCAAGCAACGUUGCUAAGACGAUAGUAAAACUGGAAAUAGAGAAGUGUAUUGGUACACUUAUUGUUCCAAAGUGGAAGUCUGCACCAUUUUGGCCUUUAUUGGUAGAUACACAGGGACAAUUUAAAGAUUUCAUUAAAAAUACAUUUGUGUUACCCUUUACAGGCGCAGUUUGUAGAGGCAAGGGAAACAACGGUGUUUUCAGCAAAGAACCGUUUUCUUUCAGAAUGAUGGCAUUGCGGUGCGACUGUACCAGCUAAAAGAUUUAAAUAUUUAACAGAUAAAAAACGUAUAGUACAGUCAAUUUUCAAGAUUGUUUAAUAUGCUUAAUAUAUUUUCAGGUGU